AUGAAGUUCUUUUCUCUUCUGAAAAACAACAACGAUGUCAGAUUCUCUUCGUCCUCAUGGCCCUGGCCCUCUUGCCACCAACCCAGAACCCUCUCAUUUAGAGCCUCCAACAUCAAUAAGGACGAAGUUUUCAAAGGCACCAAGUCAACCACGUCGUUCUUCACGGACUCGCCUAACUCCGGCAGCUUCUCAACUGCUUCCGAGAUAUCGCACGGUGUGGACCCCACCGAGACGGUCAUUCGUGGCCUGCAUUCGGACCGACUUUUCUUCGAACCGGACCAGACCAGCUCCAUAUGGGAGGCCAAACUCGCGACCCUUGCACCAUUCAAAAACAGCGUAGUUUUCUCCGUGGAUUCGAAGCACCCUUACGUGGAUUUCCGGAGGUCCAUGGAGGACAUGAUGGCUACGCACAACGUCAAAGAUUGGGAGGAUCUCGAGGACCUUCUCUACUGGUUCUUGAACGUCAAUGCAAAAAACACUCACCGUUAUAUCCUCCGAGCUUUUGUUGAUUUGUUGUUCACUCUCGCAGUUGCUUCUUCUUCUAACGACAUUUGUAGUAGUAGUGGUAGUAACUCUUCUCUCUCUUCUUCUUGUAGCAGUCGCUGUGCUUUUUGUUUUGAAAAAGAAGAAGAGGUUGAAGAAGAGAUUACACCAGCAUCAUCUUCAUCUUCAAAUUUCUGA